AUGUAUGCUGAGCAGAUCCGUGCUAUCUUCUCGUACUGGACCACUACCCUCUCUAUGAUCGAGAGAGCUUUGGCCCAGACAGGAAUUAAAUUUUGUCGGUAUGAUGGCAAAAUGUCAACGGGAAAAAGAGACCAAAUUUUGUCAAACUUUGUAGACGAUCCGUCGUUGCAAUUGAUUUUGGUUUCAAUCACUUGUGGUGGUCAAGGACUAGAUCUCACGGCUGCAAACCACGCUAUUCUCGUAGAGGCUCAGUGGAACCCUAUGCUGGGAGAGCAGGCUCUGUCGCGGGUGCAUCGACUUGGCCAGACGAAGCCGGUGAAGUUGGUCUGA